AUGUCUGAGUCAACGUUAAACAAAAGACUCUAUACUGAUCUUAACAGAUUAAAAUUAUGUAAUAAAGCCGAUGCAGAAGUUCGAUUUCUAUGUGAGAAAACACCAUUCGACAAUGAUGAUGAUGAUGAUGAUGAUAAUAUGUCGGGUGAUGCUGCAAAAGCAACUGAAUAUUCAGUUAUUGGACAAAUAUUUCCAAAUUCAGAAAUAUAUAAAAUAGCUGCGUAUCGAAUUGAAAUGAAAUUACCCAAAACUUUUCCACUUGUGCCACCUCAAGUUCGUUUUCUUACUCCUAUUUAUCAUCCUAAUAUUGAAGAAAAAGGAGAUUUCUGUAAUGAUUUAUUAGUGAAAACUGCCAAAUGGUUACCCACAACCUCGUUAAUAGAUAUUGUGAAAAUCGUUGUGAAACAUGUCGAUGAACCUGAUGCAGAUAAUCCAGUUCGAGCUGCAUUAGGUGUUGAAUAUAAAACUAAUCGACCUGAAUUCGAUCGUCAUGCAUUAGAAUAUGUUAAAAAACAUGGCUUAUCAAGAUCAUAG